AUGGACAAAGGCGAGGAGAUGCUAGAGAAGUUCCUCCGUCCUGCUGCACGUCGCUCUGCUGGCGUCGUCUCGCGGCGCUCGUGGAACAAGGUAGCGCUCGACAAGGUCGGCAUUUCGGAUCGGAGGCCAAAGAAGGUUCGCAAGGCGGCCGAGAAGCGGGCAGCAAAGUGGGCCAAGGCCCAUCCGCGCAUUACAUCAAGCGGAUCGGAGAGCUCGGGGCCACCGAAGAAGGGCAAGGGUAAGAGCAAGGGCAAGGGCAAGGGCAAGGGCAAGGGCAAGGGCAAGAACAAGCAUCGAGUCACAGUCUUCAACUCGAGCAUCUCAUCCGGUCCGAUCGAGUCGUCAGACUCGGGCUCGGACUCGGACUCGGGCUUGGACGAGGAGGAAGAGGAGGCGUCGAGCAGCUCGAUGACGGCGUCUGGGGUGUGGUCGUCGUCAAGUGAGGGGACCGAGUCGUCGCUUGGACGCGACGGGCACGUACCGCUGGAGCACAUGCUCGACAUCACGUUUGAUGCGUUUGCCGACGUCAACGACCGGCUGGUGUACAAGGAGUUCUCGGUGUAUGUGGCGCUGGUGGCGAUCAAGGGUCGGCGACGCAAGGUAGAGAAGGCGCUCAAAUUUUUCGAGCCCGACGUGACCAACUUUGAGUUCCGGCACCUUCUACUCUUUGCGUUUUCGGUGGUGCGGACGCUGGAGCGACUGCGGCUGGCGCUGCCGGGCAUGCCGUUUGCGCGGAGCGAUCUGGAGCUGAACCUAAGCGAGACGCGGAAGGAGAACAUCACCAAGGCGCUUCUGAAGCUGUUCACAGACGCCAUCGGCGACGACGACGCACUGCUGACCGUCGACGAGGCCGUCUCUAUGUUUUGCUCGCCCAAGAUCAAGGGCGCACUCGACUACUUUCUGGCGAUUACCAAGGCCAUGCCCGACGACGGGUCGGAUCCGAUCAAUGAGAUCCCGCUGUCGCGGACAACGCGCAAGGUGCUGAUCAAGGCCGGCGCAGACGUGACAACCGGUGAGGUCAUGACGAGUGAGAAAGCCCGACACGUGCUGGAGAAGAUCGGGCGGCUCGGCCUCAAGUACGAGACGGCUGUCGGUUAUGAGCCUGUCGACCGCAAGCCGGGCGCCGAGGUUGUCGCCUUUUUCAACUCGAACGACGACAUCAUCUUUGCCGUCGAGCGCCAGACGGUGCCCAAGCCGUCGACGACCGACGAAUCCGGCUCGAGCAAGCGCCGCAAGCGCCGCCGCCGCAAGGUCCGCACCAAGGUCCGUCGCCGGCGCAAGCGCUCCGGCCGCGGCUCGGAAACGAGCGAGACUGGCGCCGGCUAUGCGACCGCCUCGUCCGACUCGAGCCGACCGCAGCUCUCCGAGUAUGCUGCUGUAUUUGACAAGACCAAGGUUGUGGCGACGUCUGACUCGAGCUAG